UCUCUCAAAAUUUUGCACACAAUUUUGCUCGGUGUUUAGGAGUUUCUACGAAAUUAUCAUGAUGAAGAGUUUCAAGCACUUCAAAAUACAUUGGUUGCUGAUUUUGUUCCUUUUGAGCUUGGUGUUCAAUGGGCAAGCUAAAACAGAGUACAUGAAGUACAAAGAUCCAAAGCAACCACUUAACACUAGGAUUAAUGACUUGAUGAGAAGAAUGACUCUUGCUGAAAAGAUUGGACAAAUGACACAAAUUGAACGAUUGAAUGCAACCGCAGAUGUUAUGCACAAAUACUUCAUUGGUAGCGUUCUUAGUGGUGGUGGGAGUGUGCCUUCCCCUACUGCUUCUCCUGAACUUUGGAUAAAUAUGAUAAAUGAAAUGCAAAGAGGUGCCUUAUCUACUCGUCUAGGGAUACCGAUGAUUUAUGGCAUUGAUGCUCUUCAUGGGCAUAAUAAUGUUUACAAUGCCACAAUUUUCCCUCACAAUAUUGGUCUUGGAGCAACCAGGGAUCCUGAACUAGUAAGGCAAAUUGGAGCUGCAACUGCACUUGAAGUUAGAGCUACUGGCAUUCCUUACAUUUUUGCUCCAUGUAUUGCAGUUUGUAGAGAUCCAAGAUGGGGAAGGUGCUAUGAAAGUUUUAGUGAAGACCCUGAAGUUGUGAAAUCAAUGACUGAAAUCAUCUCUGGGUUACAGGGUGAGCUCAAGAAUCACAAUGGUGUUCCUUUUGUUUCUGGAAAGGAUAAAGUUGCUGCAUGUGCAAAGCAUUAUGUUGGUGAUGGAGGGACACAUGAAGGAAUUAAUGAAAACAACACCAUUGCCAACUUCCAUCAAAUUCUUAGUAUCCAUAUGCCAGCUUAUGAUGUUGCUAUAAUCAAGGGUGUUUCCACAAUCAUGGUCUCUUACUCUAGUUUGAAUGGACAGAAAAUGCAUGCCAAUUACUACUGGAUAACUAAUUUCUUAAAGGGAAAACUUCAUUUUAGGGGUUUUGUAAUCUCAGAUUUUCAAGGCAUUGAUAAGAUCACCACUCCAGUAGGUGCAAAUUAUACAUAUUCAGUUCAAGCAGGAAUUAGUGCUGGCAUUGAUAUGGUGAUGGUUCCAUAUGAUUAUCCUGAUUUUAUCAAGAUUCUAACUUCUCUUGUUGAGAACAAAGUUAUUCCUAUGAGUAGAAUAAAUGAUGCUGUCGAACGGAUUCUUCGAGUUAAAUUUGUAAUGGGUCUUUUUGAGAAUCCUAUUGCUGAUACAAGCUUUGUUGAUCAAUUAGGAAAGAAGGAACACAGAGAGUUAGCUAGAGAAGCUGUUAGGAAAUCACUAGUAUUGUUGAAGAAUGGGAAAACUAAUAGCAAACCAAUGCUUCCUCUUCCUAAGAAUAUGUCAACUAUCCUUGUUGCUGGAGCACAGGCUAAUAACUUGGGAUAUCAGUGUGGUGGAUGGACAAUGACAUGGCAAGGUGGCAGUGGGAACACCACAGUAGGAACUACAAUUUUAGAAGGUAUCAAAGCAACUGUUGAUCCUACAAGUGAAGUCAUCUAUAUGGAGAAUCCUAACGCCACAGCCAUCAAAAGCAAUAAUUUCUCUUAUGCAAUUGUUGUCGUCGGAGAAACUCCAUAUGCAGAAACAAUGGGAGACAAUCACAACCUCACCAUUACUGAUCCAGGUCCAAAAAUCAUUGAAGAAGUUUGCGGUGCCAUAAAAUGUGUCGUAGUCCUUGUCUCCGGCAGGCCUCUCGUGAUCGAACCUUAUAUUAAUUCCAUUGAUGCACUGGUUGCUGCAUGGCUUCCUGGAACUGAAGGCCAAGGAAUUGCUGAUGUCCUCUUUGGUGACUAUGGUUUCACAGGAAAGCUUUCAAGAACUUGGUUCAAAUCUGUUGAUCAACUCCCUAUGAAUGUUGGUGAUAAGCACUAUGAUCCUUUGUUUCCAUUUGGCUUUGGAUUGACAACUGAAACAACAAACAGCACGAGUACUUCUGCCGCUGGUGUGAGAGGAGGAAAUUACAACUUUGUGACUAUGUUUAUUAGCUUAUUAGUUGCUUUCUUAUUAUGCAAGGCUAAUGACUUGUUGCAUUAAGUUAGAGUUAUUUUAGACUUUUAUUUAUUCUUCUCCUUCCUACUUAGGAUGCAAAAAUUUUUC